AUGGUCGCGUUUAAUCGUACUACUUUGGAAGAAGUGAUAAAAAAACGUUUUUUUUUUGCUCCUUCCUUUCAGAUUUACGGAGGUGUUGCGGGUCUUUAUGACUAUGGACCAGCAGGUUGUGCUCUACAAGCUAAUAUCCUUGAUUUAUGGCGUAGACAUUUUGUUUUAGAAGAAGAUAUGCUUGAAAUGGACGGUUCCAUUAUGACGCCAGCAACCGUUCUAAAAACUUCCGGUCACGUGGACAAAUUUACAGACUGGAUGGUGACUGAUACCAUAAAUGGUGAAAUUUUUCGUGCCGACCAUCUAGUAGAAACAGUUUUAGAAAAAAGAUUAAACGAAGAUAAACAAGCCAGGUUAGCGGAGCUUGAAGGAACGAAUGUGGUGGCGAGUAAAGAUAAAAAGAAGAAAAAUAAGAUUAAGCCAGUAAAGUUGGAUGAGAAUAUGAAAGCAGAAUAUGAAAAUAUAUUAGCAAAGACGGGAAAUGAUUUGUCUAAACCUGUUGAAUUUAAUUUAAUGUUUGAAAGCAACAUUGGUCCCACGGGACAGCUAAAAGGUUACCUUCGACCCGAAACUGCACAAGGUCAAUUUCUCAAUUUCAAAAGAUUUCUUGAAUUUAAUAAUGAUAAGAUGCCAUUCGCUUCUGCAUCAAUCGGUCGUUCUUUUAGGAAUGAGAUCAGCCCAAGAUCUGGUCUUCUAAGAGUUAGAGAAUUUACGAUGGCUGAAAUUGAACAUUAUGUGGAUCCAAAUAACAAGGAUCAUCCACGUUUUGAUGAGGUAAAAGAUAUUAAGCUUCAUCUUUUGCCUCAAAAUAUACAGGUGGAAGGAAAAACGAAUCCCAUUGAAAUAUCCAUUGGUGAAGCCGUAGAAAAAAAAAUUGUAGAUAACCAGACUUUGGGUUAUUUCCUUGCUAGGAUACACUUAUUUUUAAUUAGACUUGGAAUUAAGAAUGAGAGAUUACGUUUCCGUCAACACAUGCCAAAUGAAAUGGCUCAUUAUGCUUGUGAUUGUUGGGAUGCAGAAAUCCAAAGUAGCUAUGGUUGGAUUGAAUGCGUUGGUUGUGCAGAUCGUUCUGCAUAUGAUUUAACAGUUCAUUCAAAUCGUACAAAAGAGAAACUCGUUGUGCGAGAAAAUUUAUCGGAGCCAUUAGUUUAUGAAAAAACAGUUCUAGAAAUUAACAAAAAAGUCUUUGGUCCUAAAUUGAGACAAAAUGCAAAAGCUGUAGAAGAUUAUUUGUUUAGAUUGGAUGAAGAGCAAUUAAAGGCUUUGAAAAAAGCAUUAGAAGUUGGGAAUGGUAAAACCACAGUUCCCGGUACUGAUGGUAAAGAAUAUGAGGUCUUUAGUGAAUUUUUCAAUAUUGAGAGGCAAACUAUUACAGAAUAUGUUAGGGAAUAUACUCCUAAUGUAAUAGAACCAUCAUUCGGUAUUGGUCGUAUCUUGUAUUCAUUAAUUGAACAUGUAUUUUGGGUUCGUGAAGAUGAUGAACAGAGAGCGGUUUUAUCAUUCCCACCACGUGUUUCGCCAUUUAAAUGCUUGCUGGUUCCUUUAAGUAAUAAUCCCGCAUUUUCUGACCUUGUCCGUGACCUCUCUGCCAGACUUCGUAAACUUAGUAUUGCAAUUAAAGUUGAUGAUUCUUCUAAUUCAAUUGGUCGUCGAUAUUCACGUAAUGAUGAACUUGGAACACCAUUUGCGAUUACCAUCGAUUUCCAAUCAGUAAAUGAUAAUACUGUAACGUUACGGGAGAGAGAUACCACAAAACAAAUCAGAGAAAAGGUUGACACUAUUCUUCAAGUUCUCAAAAAUUUGACAGAAGAAGAAAUUACAUGGGAUGAAGUUAUGACAAAAUAUCCAGUAUUUGUACAACAAGAACUUGAUUCAUAA